AACCCUGCAAAACGUUUUAUUUACAGACGAACGAAAAAUGGGCACGAGCUUUCGACCGACAUACGUCAUGAUGGUUGUCAUAGCAACCUGUCUCGUUGCCAUGGAGACUAAAGUUUGUCUGUCACGUCAUAUAAGAAGGUCAACAAAACAAUUACAAUUGUUUCGUAUACGGAAGGAAUCAUCUAUGUUAAGGAGACAUAUUAGCCCGAACAUCGCAUAUGGACCACAGCCUGACCUACAGAACUGCCACCCUCCAAGUAAUCGACCAGAAAACGCCAGGAAAGAACAUUUAGAUCAACAAUUUAUACUUAUGAGCGAACUACUUUCUGCGAGAUCCCUCAAUACAACAGGUUGGAGGAUCCGCCACAAACAUCUUGUACGCGACAGAUCGUUACAACUUAUACUCAGCCUCAAUAGCUAUGUUAGGAAACCGGAUUUUUCGACGGUGAGUAAUGGUGUAUAGCACUCUUGU